AUGUCAGAAUCAUCAUCACCAACACAAGCCAGAAACAUAGAGGCAGUAUUUGUUACAAAUAUAUCAUACAAAGCAAAUACAAAGACUGUUUCAGACUUCUUCUCAUUCUGUGGAAAGAUCAUCGACUUGGUAUUGAGAGAAGAUGCAGCUAGAUCUGCACAAGAAGGAAUAGUUGUAUUUGAGACAGAGUCAGCUGCCAAGACUGCAUUGUUGUUGACCAAUGCAUUGAUUGUGGACAAGGUCAUACAGGUGGUUCCAUAUAAUGCAUCGAUACAUGGUCCAGUGGACUCUAGUAACAGAACGGUCAGCUCACCACAGAGUGCCGAUGCCAUCAGUGUAAAUAGUGACUCAUCGUCAAACUUGGGUGGCGAGCACAACCCAGCUGUGAACUUGUCAAAGGACUCGAUAACCAAUCGCGAGCACACCGUGCCAGACUCUGAGAGAACAAAGACAUCGGUCAUUGCAUCAAUGUUGGCGGCUGGAUACACACUGGGACAGGAGGCCAUCCACAAGGCCAGACAGGUGGACGAGGAGAACAACAUCUCCAACAAGAUCAAGGGUGGCGCCGAGUCGAUCAAGGCGACCGCCUCAGAGAUCGAUCAGAAGCUGCACAUCAGUGAGGGAGCGAGUGCAAUCAAGACCGCUGUUGUGGAGAAGGCAAAGGAGAUGCACAUUGGAGAGAACGCCACCGCUGUCAAGACUGCCGUGGUGGAGAAGGCCAAGGCUGUGGACGAGCGAUUCCAGAUCAGUGGCAUGUUCAAGAGUGCCACGGACAUGAUCUCGCAACAGAUGUCGACGUUGGCUGCCAAGGCACAGGAGAACCCCACCGUGUCCAAGGGCGUGGACAUGGUCUCCAGUCUGGGCACGGGAAUCAAGCAGACGGCCACCAACAUCUCGCAAUCCGUAGAGAACCAGUUCACUUCAAUCUCUGAGGAGUCAAGUCGUUUGAUCGAGGAGAAAAAGAAAGAGAAGUAUGACGCAGACUUUGAAAUGAAGCCAACCGAGCCAAGCCACAAUGAAGAUGCAGAGAUUGAGUCGCUCAUCCAGGAGCAUCUGAACGAACCAACCAAUGAGCAGUAG